AUGAAAAUACCUGAAGGUAUGAAAAUAAUAGGAUACAGAAAUUUCGAUUUCAAAGGGGACAAAGUUGAAUAUGAAACCAAUCAAGAAUGCCUAGAUAUUGUUUUCGCUAUUUUAGAAUGA